AGAUAAUAGAAAAAAAGAAGAAAAUUCAGAGGCCAGCAAAGCCAAAAAACCCCAAACCGAACCAAACCAAGAAAACGCAAGUCCCACGGUCAUAUCCCAAGCCCGCCUAAACCGGACUAGCGGCUCCGCUCGCUUCUUCCCGCUUACAAGAGCCCUUCGCUCGCUAUUUUUUCAUCCUCCCUUUCCCCUUCUUUUCUCUCUUUUUUUCUCCAUCCCUUCUGAAGUGUCUUCUUCUUCCUGACACUCUCUUUCAUCCCCAUCUCCUCUCCUCUCCUCACCUUCCCUCAUAUCCUUUCACAGCAGUCAAAAUGGCCGCCGGUGAUGUUAACCAGGGCGAGAAGUCCGUCUUCGGCAUGCCCGGAUUCGUCGUCGACUUCAUGAUGGGUGGUGUGUCCGCUGCCGUCUCCAAGACCGCUGCCGCCCCCAUCGAGCGUAUCAAGCUGCUCAUCCAGAACCAGGAUGAGAUGCUGCGCGCCGGUCGUCUCGACCGCAAGUACAACGGCAUCAGCGACUGCUUCAAGCGUACUGCCGCCGCUGAGGGUGUCGUCUCCCUGUGGCGCGGUAACACCGCCAACGUCAUCCGUUACUUCCCCACCCAGGCUCUGAACUUCGCCUUCCGUGAUACCUACAAGUCGAUGUUCUCCUACAAGAAGGAGCGUGAUGGAUACGCCAAGUGGAUGAUGGGUAACCUUGCCUCCGGUGGUGCCGCUGGUGCCACUUCCCUCCUGUUCGUCUACUCCCUCGACUACGCCCGUACCCGUCUCGCCAACGACGCCAAGUCCGCCAAGGGCACUGGCGAGCGUCAGUUCAACGGUCUCGUUGAUGUCUACCGCAAGACUCUGGCCUCCGACGGUAUUGCCGGUCUCUACCGUGGUUUCGGUCCUUCCGUCGCUGGUAUUGUUGUCUACCGUGGUCUGUACUUCGGCAUGUACGACUCCAUCAAGCCCGUUCUCCUGGUCGGCCCUCUCGAGGGUAGCUUCCUUGCUUCUUUCCUGCUCGGCUGGACUGUCACCACUGGUGCUGGUAUCGCUUCUUACCCUCUGGAUACCAUCCGUCGCCGUAUGAUGAUGACCUCCGGUGAGGCCGUCAAGUACAGCUCUUCCCUCGAUGCUUUCCGCCAGAUCGUCGCCAAGGAGGGCACCAAGUCCCUCUUCAAGGGUGCCGGUGCCAACAUCCUCCGUGGUGUUGCCGGCGCUGGUGUCCUGUCCAUCUACGAUCAGGUCCAGCUCCUGCUCUUCGGAAAGCAGUUCAAAUAGACGAUUGAUUCAGUUCAAUUCGUUGAAAAGCGAUGGGGAAGGGGAUGAUCGGCUUCUGGCGUAACUGCCAGUGGCUACUGUGGAAGAAGAAUCUUUAGAAGAGAUGUGUCAAGAUAGUUAUCUUGCGCAUGCGCAGUGUGUCAUUUUUUUCCUCGUGUACUAGUUGUACUUUACUGCCUGCAAGCUAUUUCUUUUUCUCUGUA